CUGGAAAGCAGAGCAGGCAGGAAUGGUCUCUCCAGGCAGUGGGCACUGCUAGGUGUUUCUUUGAAGUGCUAUUCAAUAGCUUUCUGUUACUCUUUCCCUCCUUCCUUCAAGAACUUCUGGAACAAAUCCUGAUAGACUACUGGACUGGACUGUUUUAUCUACAAAUACUUUUGCAUGGCAGGAGUAUUUAAAAAAAAAAAAAAAAGGGCAUGUGGACAGAAAGCCUGCAAAGAGAAGCUGUCUUUUGCUGCUUUGGGAUCCCAGCAAGAAUUGGGAGCCUGAUGGAUUUUAAAUGCACCUGCUUUAUUUAAAGCCCAGCCAAACAGAUAAGUGCCCUUUUAUUUAUCUCACAACAGCAUUUUAAACAUAGCUGUGCACACCACCUCUUUUCAGUUGGGUUCAAUUUGAUAAGCCCUCUGUUUCACCAUUGCAAAUGAAUGCUCUGCGGUUCUCCUUUCGGCUGAGAAGCACCAGAUGAUAUCGGCAUUUCACGUGAGCUAAUUAAUUAGUGUCUGAGGGAACUGCAGCUGAUGGCUCGGGAAGCUCCCAGGGGUCUUUCCCUGCCCCUCUGGAGCUGCUGUCUCCAGCAGCCCUGUGAGGUUUUGGGACUCUGAGGAGCAGCUCUGCGGGACCAGACGAGGCUGAUGUGACCCAUCUGAGCCUUGAGGAGUCCUCCGGGACUCAUUAGAGCUUUAAUAACUAAACUUGGCUGCUUUGAUUGAGAAGAUGCUUGUGCAGGCUUGGCGCGAUCUCAGAGAAACCAGCUAACACUGCUGGCAGGAGAGAGGGCUUUCUGCAUGUGCUGGUCAUAUGCGUGCGGAGAAAGUGAUAACCCUGCUUCUUCCUGACAGUUUCCAGGUGGGAAAACAGCUGGGGAUGGGGGAGAGAAGCCCUUAGUUAUACUGAGUUUAUACGGGGCAUACAAAGAGGUAUUGUGGGUGAGUGGUAACAAGAAUUGUCCGCUCAAAGUUAUGGGGACAUUUAUAUCUAUGGGUGCAAACCACUGACUAUCGAGAAAGUAAUUUCUGACCGCUUAGAUCUGCUUCUAUAGGUGACUGCUGCUUGCUUUCGGGCACACCACUGCAAUUAUUAUGUAAUUGAAGAAAUCAAUAAAAUAUGGUCUAUUGUACAGUGUAACUGCAGUAGUAUACAGCCACGAGGCAGGGGCAAAUAUUCAUGAUACUGAAAUUUAAUGGGUUAGAGUAAUGAAAAAACCCACUAAAGCCGAGUGUGUGAGUGUUGGAGGGGCUGUGCGGCAGAGACGGGAGCCAAAUUAUCUGCUCCAGACCUGUCCUGGAGCAGACUCAUCUGCUCCAGACCUGUCCGCUCUACCAUGGGCUCUACUGUUAAUUAGCAGUGUAAAAUGUCUACCUUACUGUUACGAAUACUACAAACAGGUUUGCUACUGCAAAUUAGAGUAGUAACUGAUGUGAAUUCAUCCUACCUGCCUAGGCAGAAGGUGAGUUUCUUGGUGAAGGUGCCAGGCUAGGACUGAGAAAAAGACUUGGAGAGACAAGACGGUGAAGUAGGAGGUUAUUGUGGCAUGAGAGAACUGAAUCUGGAUCAACUCACACAAUCCCUGGAAUGUCUGAAGUUCCCUCUUUCCUAGGAAAAACUUCACUCCUGCUGUUAUUACCAAGAAAGUUUAUAUAAAUAGAAGAAAUGACACGUCUGAUAUUGCUGACUGUGCUCUGUCUUACAAUUGUAAACAGUACUUAUUCCUGACUCUUCAAUGAUCUGACAGUGAAAAGGUUUGACAAUAUAUUGAGAAACACUGAUAAAAUGAAGCCCUAGUGAGAAAAUCAGGGUUUGUUCAUUCAAGCAAGGUGGAUAGGAAAUUAAAAAAACCUUAAAUCAUCUGUAUACCCCUAACAGAGCAAUUUGCUCCUCAAAAAAAACACCCCUAAAUAAGCACAUUUAACCUCAGAGAUCCUUAAGGUUUUGAUUAUUAGAUUUGUAACUUGAAAUCUGCUUUCUGCCAGUGUGCUGGUAUCUGUGUUCCCCCAAAUCAGUUUCCAUUACAUUAACUCUAACCUGGCCAGUUCCAGUCUGGGCAUCAGAGCUGAAUUUGGCAAUCAUAUACUGAAGUGUGGCACGCAACUUGCAAUGCUCUGUGCUCCUUGGCAGAAGAGGCAGAAAACACAGUCCCUCUCAGGAGCUGUACGGAUGUGAGGUGAUGCUGAGUGUGUUGUAAGCACCUAUGGUUUGGUUGGUGCAUCCAGCAGCUGAGGAGAAGAGAUUCAACAGAUCUUGACAGGUUUCUGUGAAAAAUCUUGUCUGGAAAGACGACCCCCGAAUCCCUAACUCUCUCCUCAUCUUACAGGUGAUCUUUGAGGAUACUUGGGAGUCUGUAGCUCCUGAAUGCAUGACCUUCCUCUGGGAUUAGAAGAAAGCCAUGGGGAAAGACAAGAAGGAACAGGAGCCCGUCUUUCUGAGGAAAAAGAUAACUUUGCUGCGGGCUUUCUCACUCCUCAUCGGCAGUAUGAUUGGCAGCGGCAUCUUCAUCUCCCCAAAAGGAGUGCUGAAAAACUCUGGCAGCGUGGGUUUGUCCCUGGUUGUCUGGUUUGCCUGUGGGAUCCUCUCAAUGUUUGGUGCCUUGUGUUAUGCAGAGCUUGGAACAAGAAUCACCAAGUCUGGCGGACAUUAUAUCUACAUUUUGGAGACACUAGGGCGUCUGCCAAGUUUCUUAUUUCUGUGGGCAGAGUUUUUUGCUAUUAGGCCUGCCAACAGCGCUGUGAUUUCUUUGGCAUUUGGAAGCUACAUGCUGGAGCCGUUUUUUGCCCCCUGUGCACCCCCUGUCCCUGCUGUGAAGCUUGUGUCUCUCCUGGGGUACUACAUGAUCCUUGCCCUCAAUUCCUGGAGCGUCACCUGGAGUGGCCAGCUGCAGAUGGCUCUCUCCAUCGUCAAACUCCUGGCUCUUGCACUCAUCAUCGUGCCAGGGAUGAUGCUGCUGGCCCAGGGCCACACUGAGAAAUUCCAGGAUCCUUUUGACAGACAGUCCCUGGUUUUGGAUAAACUUCCCCUGGCUUUUUAUGCAGGCAUGUUCGCAUAUUCAGGCUGGUUUCAGACCAGCUUUGUGCGUGAAGAGUUGGUCAGACCUGAACGAAACAUCCCCCUGGCUGUCAUCGUGUCCGUGAUCACAGUAAUUGUGGGGUACAUGCUCACCAACGUCUCUUAUUACACAGUCUUGGGAACCCAAGACGUUCUGGCCUCUCCUGCUGUGGCUGUGAGCUUUGCGCAACGAGCCUUCAAAAGCUUGACCUCUGUCAUCCCUAUCCUUGUCUCGCUGUCCUGCUUUGGAACCAUGAAUGGAGGAAUCUUCACAUUUUCAAGGACCCUGUUUGUGGCUUCCAGGGAAGGACAGUGGCCUCCUCUCUUCUCCAUGAUCCACAUCCGAAGGCAUACACCACUUCCUGCAGUCAUGUUAAUGUUCCCUUUGGUUACUACCAUGGUGUGUAUUGGAGAUAUCUACCAUCUAUUGAACUUCUUCAGCUUUUCCCGAUGGCUCUUCAUAGGAUUAGCCACCCUUGGUCUCAUUGUCCAUCGCUACCGUCACCCAGAGCUGCAGAGCCCGUUCAAGGUUCCCCUGUUCAUUCCCAUUUCUUUUACCAUCAUCUGCCUCUUCACAGUGGCAAUGUCUUUCUACUCAGACCCUGUGAACAUUAGCAUCGGAUGCACCAUAGUUUUAAGCGGUUUUCCAGUCUACUACCUCAUAAUCCACAGGCAAAUGUCAGAUUGCUUCCGUAGCCCGUUAUAUUAUCUUACACAUAAACUACAGUUACUGCUGGAAGUAGUCCAACAAGAAAUCAAGACUUAUUGAGAAAACCAUCAGAACUCACAGGAGAAGAUAAAAUCUACUUACUUUGUUUCUGAUACCUUUGAUCCUACCAAAAGCAGGCCAUGCUACUAUUCUUUUAAUUGCUGCAAACGAGGAUAAGCCUGAGCCAACACCUUGCUGCAAGUCUUCCUAAGUUUGCUGAUUGGGAUCAGAUGAGUGUGUCACAUCUGCCCUUCUCUUUUUUAGCAGAACAAUCUACUUCUGUGAAAUGAGCUUGCUUUGCCUGCAGUGUCUUCGAAACCAAGAUCCUAAUUUUGCAGCCUAGCCCAGUCCUCAGUAAAAUAGUGUGUGUGUGUGUGUGUACACACACUAUCUUUUAAUUUUCUAACUUGGCAAAUAGAGGAAGGGAGCAUGUUGCAGACCUUAGAGUCCAAUACAUGGAAGCCAAAUGCAGGUUUCAAACUGAAAUGUUGUAGUAGCCAUAAUACUUGUGGACAAGUAUUAUGAAGGGAAAUGUGUGGGGAGAAUAAAUUAGAUUUAAUUUAGAUGAAUUGGAAAGUAGGAGGCAGGGGGAUUAAAUUUAGUUCACCAGAAAGUGAACCCUUUGAAAUUUAAAUAUUAACAAAGUAAGGUGGGAAUGUUUUGCUUUGUUUAUUGCAUAAAUAAACAGAAUAAGCAGAAUAAGCUUAUUUUGUUUUGAAAUCUAAAUUUUCAAUUUAAAAUUUUAUUUUUCUGAAAUGACCUUUCAAAAUUUAUAAACACGUUUUAAAAAAAGAAGUUAAAUAUUAACAAGAAUAUAAUAAAGUAGAUCCUGAUCUUUCCUCCACCUCCCCAGCCUUGGUCCUCACCAGUGAAGUUGAAAAUACAGAUUUUGGCCCAACUCCAGUGAUAUUCAAUUUCUUCUUUAGUUAGACAAGACCACUGAUGAGACUUAGGCAGAUUCCUGAAUUCAUGUAUCUUUUGUUGCUGUAAGAACACAUGCAAGACCUCAUGUCAGAGCUUUAACUUCGAAUAUGCAGUCAAAUGACUUGCUGAAUCAAUACAUAAACGCUUAUUUGAACUACUGACAUGAGAAAGGUUUCCAUUGUCGGAUUACUUUGGUUUCCGUUAUUAAUGUGUCAAUGUUAUGUCCAGAUAAAACAACAAUUAGCUAUUCCCAAUCAAUUAAUUGUUAUUCUUUUCCUAAAAGAUGGGAACUAGUAUGCUGAGACUCCUCUAAUGAUGGCUGGAGAGAGGAAUAGCAGAACAUGGAGCAUUUUUAAUCUUUUAUAUCAAGCAUUUAUGUACUUAGAGAAAAACCAAAGUACAAACCCAGUGUAAUCUACUGAAACUUGUAAAAUUCACCAUCAAGAUUUGGAACUAAAUAAGUUGAGGUUGGUUUUCCUUUUUUUUUUUUUUUUUUUUUUUUGUUUUUGUUUUUGUUUUUGUUUGGUUUGGAGUUUUGUUUUGUUUUGUUUUCAAAGCAAUUGAGAAUUAUUAUUCUUGUUAUGACUGCUUCCUCUUCCUGUGCUAAAUUAAGCUGGGAUAGCAGCACUGUGGUUGCAGGGCUCGUUUCCCGCCUCCCGAAGUUUAAUUUACAAGCUUUUGGACAUUGUCCAACAGGAAAUCCAGUCUUACUGGGAAAACCAUCACAACCUACUCAAGAAGGUACUGGCUUUAAAUGGUAGUGUGGUUUCAAGUGAGAGCUGGAAAUGUUUCCAGGCUCCCAGCCUUUGGUUGGUCCUCCCUUGCACUGGACUUUGCUGAAGCUGAACCCCCUGACACACCUUCCCGCAGCAUCCCUGUGGCCAGCCUCCGGUGUGGGUGGCUGGGGAAGCAACCUGCAGAAGACCUUGCAGAACCAGGUGAGCCCCAUCACCCAAACAUAGCCUGAGUCCACCCCUGUAGGUACUGGCUGGGGGGAUUUUACACAUCUUGAGAUAGAAGCAUGAGGUGCUACCAGCCUGGUCCUGUGCUGCAGGACCCCUGUGAGCACAGUGUGCCCAUGCUGUAGCAUCACUACUCGUGCAUCAAACCUUGGAGCGGUCCAAAAUUACAACAGAGGUGCUGUGUGUCUGCAGAUAAACACAUGGAAAGGAUGAAGCAGUGAAGCAUCCCCUUUUCUUCUUCGUUUCAUCCAGAGAGGAAAAGGGAACAAGAAUUUAAAUUCCUGAGAGGAGAAAUAAGUAAUCCUAACCACCAGACAGUGGUUUUUUUAUACAUGAUAAAUUAUCUGACGUAUUCAAGGAAACCACACUAGGAUGCCUCUGCUGACUAUGCAGGAAUAUAAUCUUGCAGGGCUAUGUGUAGGAUGUCUGCUCCAAGACCUGUCAGGUACUGGAAAUGCAGACAGAUAUAGUACCACGGUUACACUGACAGUUAGAAAUCAGAGGUUCAGCAGCUCUGCAGAUGACAUUGCAGUUGAAAGUGACAAAAAUAAAACCCGCGGCAUUCAGAAGGUAUCAGUUCACAGUGAGCUGAAGUUUCCAGUUUGUGGUGAGCCGCUGUCAGAAAAGCCAUGUAAACAUUUUCUACCAAGCCAGAAUGUUUUUCCUAGAGCUGAUAUCUCAUGCCUCCUGAAGCUCUUGGCUUCAGUUCAGGAGAGUAUUUUACUACAGAAUUCACAUAUGCAAAAGUGAACCUGUGGGACCCAAUCCUAUAAAUCUCAUCAGCCAGAGGGAAGCAUAAAAAGUUGUGCAAUUUUGGAGCUGAGAGCCAGAUACUAUACGGGAGGUCAAAAGCCAGUCAAGGAAGGCCAGAUGGGGAAGAAACAAAGUUCAACUUCUUAAUCACAUUUGUGGCUUUUUUGUUUGUUUGGGUUUUUUGUUCUUUUGUUGUUUUUUUUUUUGGGGGGGUGUGUUUGGUGAAUUUGUUUUUAAUACUGUGUCUAUAAAAUGCACUCAAGAGUGAAGCCUUUCCAGAAACUGAAAUAGAGAUUUAUGUGUUUCAGCCACCACUGAUCUGGUCUGACUAGAUCAUCAGGAAAUAUAAAUGUUCUGGGCAAUUCAGCUGAAUAUAGUUUGUGUAACCAAGAGAGAAUAAAUAAAGGUUACAUCUGGACAAGUUUAUGUAGAUAGUACUACUUGACCUGUUGUUAAGCUUUAUGCUUCACAGCUUUCCUGGGAAACACUGUCAACUUUUUAGACUGAAAGGCUGGAGGUCAGACUGAUAAGUUCCUAACAUUUCUCUGAUUUCCAUGCGGGAAGAACAGGGCAGAGGCUC